GCCCCGCCUCCCCCUGCCUGGCUGCCAGACAAGCUCGUGGACGCUAGCUGGCUAGCUGCAACUGUCAUGGCGGACACACCCGGCCUCUCCGGCCUCUCCGGCCUCUCUGGCCUCCCUGCCGCCCGACACAGUGACCUCCCCGGACACAGUGACCUCCAGGAGCCGCAGGACACCCGACACCUCUUCCCGGAGUUGGCGGGCCCGCGGGAGGCGGACCCGGCCCGUCUGGACAUCAGCACCAAGUCCAACGGGCCCAAACGGGACUUCUUCUUUGACGAGGACGCAGACGACCUGUUUGCAGAGGCCACAGAGGAAGUGUCCCUGGACAGUCCAGAGAGGGAAGUCCUGCUGUCUGACGGCCCCUCCCCCGCCAUCACACCCAUCACGCCGCCCAGCUCCAUCAUCACUCCUCUCAUCGGCCACGCCCACGACCACAUGUUUACACACUAUUCUUUUGAUGAGCAGGUGGAGGUGGAGGGUGGGGGUGAGGUGCAGAUCAGUGUGUCGGACCCUGAGAAAGUGGGUGACGGCAUGAACGCCUACAUGGCCUACAAGGUCACCACCAAGACGUCCUCGUCUCUUUUCAGACUGGGCGAGUUCUCUGUCCGGCGGCGUUUCAGCGACUUCCUGGGCCUGCACGGCAAGCUGGCGUCCAAGUACCUCCACGUGGGCUGCAUCGUGCCGCCCGCGCCGGAGAAGAGCAUUGUGGGGAUGACCAAGGUGAAGGUGGGCAAGGAGGACCAGUCGUCCAACGACUUCGUGGAGAAGCGGCGCUUGGCGUUGGAGAGGUACCUGAUGAGGACGGCGCAGCACCCUGUCCUCAUCAAGGACCCGGACCUCCUGCAGUUCCUGGAAAGUUCCGAGCUGCCACGCGCCGUCAGCACGCAGGCACUCAGCGGCGCCGGCCUCCUCCGAAUGGUCAACAAAGCUGCCGACGCCGUCAACAAGAUGACCAUCAAGAUGAACGAGUCGGACGCCUGGUUUGAGGAGAAGCAGCAACAUUUUGAGAAUCUGGAGGUCCAGCUGAGGAAACUUCACGCCAGCGUGGAGUCGCUGGUUUGUCACAGGAAAGAGUUGUCAGUCAACACGGCGCAGUUUGCCAAGUCGACGGCCAUGUUGGGCAACAGCGAGGACCACACGGCGCUGUCCCGUGCUCUGUCGCAGCUGGCGGAGGUGGAGGAGAAGAUGGAGCAGCAGCACCACCAGCAGGCCCACGCCGACUUCUACUUCCUGUCUGAACUGCUGGGCGACUACGUGCGCCUGCUCGCCGCCGUCAAGGCUGUGUUUGAGCAGCGUGUGAAGACCUGGCACAGGUGGCAGGACAACCAAGUCCUGCUGCAGAAGAAGAGAGAGGCCGAAGUCAAACUGCACUUCUCCAACAAAGUGCAGCCCGCCAAAGACCACAUCAAGGAGUUGGAGGUGAAAGUCCAGCAGGGCGAGCGAGACUUUGAGAAGAUUUCUGGAAGUAUUCGCCGAGAAGUGGGACGCUUUGAGAGGGAACGUGUCAGCGACUUCAAGAAGUUCUUCAUCAAGUACUUGGAGGUCCUCGUGAGUACACAACAACAGGUCAUCAAAUACUGGGAGGCCUUCUUACCAGAAGCCAAGGCCAUCUCUUAGACACUGUGACCCACAAUGCACCUGGCCACUUCACCUGAGACCCACAAUGCACCUGGCCACUUCACCUGUGACCCACAAUGCACCUGGCCACUUCACCUGUGACCCACAAUGCACCUGGCCACUUCACCUGAGACCCACAAUGCACCUGGCCACUUCACCUGAGACCCACAAUGCACCUGGCCACUUCACCUGUGACCCAC